AGAUCAAACUGCAGAUCAAUUCACGUGCGGGUGUUUGUGGGUGGAUGCAACGCAUGAAUUUUUUUUUUGGGGGGGGUGUGGAAGCAAACAGGGUGGGCUUGUGAGGAGGGAUUCUGAUGCAGCUGACCCCCCACCCCAUGCAAAAAACUGGGGAAAGGAAGAUCUUACUGGUAUCCUUUCCUAGGAGGGGGAUCUUAGCAAGACAUCAAAAAAACUCAAAACUAGGCACAGGAUGCUGCCAAGGUGGUGCUACCUGGCAGGGAAGGCGUUAGCAAGGAGCAAUCCUGGCUUGCCGAAGGGGAGAAGUCCCCACCAAGUGGGCUUGUUCGUGAGCAGCGCAAACUUGGGUCCUGCAGAAAAGGAACCAAAGGCGAAUAAGGAGUGGACCCUGAGGGUCAGUCCUUUCGGUCUGCUGAAGGCGCGUCUCCCUUGCCACAUCACAGUGGGACCCCUGGACCCCCAUGAGUACCCCGAUUCUGACAAGGUCUUUGUGGCCCUUAAGGGGAGGGAUUCCAACCCCGAGCCUGCCUCGGAUCUGCUCCUGAAUUAUGACGAGGCCCGGAAAGAGGUGAUGAUAUUAUCCGACGGCGUGGACGGCGCAGCUUCCCUGGAUGUGAGGACUCCUGUAAAAUUUGAUCUGGAUAUCAAGACAUCAGGAAAUGGCUCGGUGAAGAUUGAACAAAUGCAAUGUGCUAACUGCAAAAUAGAAACAGAGAAGGGAGCGAGCAUAUUGAAGUCCAUAAAGAGUGAGAAAAUUGAUAUCCGAGCAAAAGGAGGGGACGUCACCUGUUUGGGAACUCUUCAAGGACAUACUGAUAUUUCUGUAUCACAAGAAAGUAAUGUGAACGUUGAAAAGCUCCAAGGAUCAUCCAUUAACGUUACAAGUGAAAACGGUUCGCUCAAAGCUAAAUAUUUAUACGCCGACUCCUCAUUUCUGACUUCAGCGGCUGGCGACAUCUUACUGGGGAGCGCCCAUGGUGAUAUUACCUUGGAGACCAAAACAGGAAGCAUCACAGUUGAUUCUUCUGAAGGAUCUUUAAAAGCCUUUACGCAUCGAGGAGACAUCAAGGCCUACGUUCUUCGUCAAACCGGAGAAGUAAACCUGGUUUCUGAGGAAGGUUCCAUCAUUCUCAAGGUACCUACGACUCUUCGAACUUCUCAAUUAUCUGGAACGAAGGUGGAAGUCAGUCCAGAGAUCCAAUUACAGGAUAUUGAGACUGUCUCAAGAGACGAUCGUGUCACAGUGACAGGUCAUAUGGAUCAAAAGGAUGCAAAAGGAAAUUGUAUUAAAGCGGAGACAAAAUACGGCACAGUCCAUCCCAAAGUCAAACCUGGUUCCAAUCUUUGAAGCUGAAGAUUCCUUGAACAAUACUUACUUUAUAAAUAUAGACAGAAGAAUGAAAUGUGACCGCUUAAGAUUCUACUUCCUAAUAAUAAAAGUGUGAAUGUCGCUCUCUGAA